AUGUCUCCUCGGGGCGUGGCUGUUCUCGGUCAAGCCUCGCCCCGAUCUGUCGUCUCCGUUAACGGUGCGACGAAAGAGGAAGAACUGGUGGUCGACAUGACGGAAGCCUGCAAGGGAGUACAAUGCGAAGCCUACGCCUGUCGCAUCGAACGGCUCAACUCCCUCCCACAACUCACUCAACCAUCGGCCGUGAUCCAUGUCAAGGAUGACAAGCCCGCAGCAUCAGACAGCGCCGUGAACUUCCGAGAACCGGGAGCAAAUGUUGUACCCGGCAUCGAACUAACACCGCGAGGUGGUGAAGGAGGUCAUCCGUCGUUGGAUAUUGGCGCGGCGAAGGAGUCGACGACAAUCUAUGAACGACGAGCAUUAACGAAAGAAGAGCAGCAGCGCGAUACGAAGCGACGCGUACUCGAUGAUCAACGAAGCCAACAAGUACCAACUUUCCUAGGACAAUGGCGCAGCCAUCUCUGUCUCGUCAUGGAUAGCAGUGGUGGUCAUGCUGCGCGGCGGACACGAGGACGACUUGCUUUUGGUAAUGGAAUCGCUCACGCCCGCUACGGGUCGCUGAGCGAUUCGCCGCGUCGUGGUGAGCUGAAGUACGUGCCAAACGGUGAGGUGCGCGAAUCGCACUACCACGUGACGGCGGUCGCAGCGGCCACUGGUGCACAAGAGCUACUCUACGCGCGACGUCUUCGCACGAGCGCGGCGCUGCUC